CACUGCACUCAGGAAGAGAGACUGAAAGCAUGCAAGACUGUAUGCACCAUUUGUUCCUGUGUGUACACUGAUAACUGACUUCAAUCACUUAAUAUGGCAGACAGCAGUUUUGAGACAGAGUUCCUUCAGGCUCACAAUGCAUACCGUAAGCAACAUGGGGCACCAUCACUUUCUCUGAAUGCCAGUCUGAGUCGUUCUGCUCAGGCAUGGGCAGAGAAGCUGCUGGCGUCCAGAACCCUAAAACAUAGCAAUUCUGGCAAUGGGGAGAAUCUGUACUACACUUACAGCUCAGCACCCAAAAAACUUUCAGGAUGUGUAGCAGUGGAGAACUGGUAUAGUGAAAUUAAGAAGUAUGACUUUAAUAGGCCAGGAUUUAGCUCAGGAACAGGUCACUUCACUCAAGUAGUAUGGAAGGACACUAAGGAGCUGGGGGUCGGGGUAGCCACAAAUGGGACGACAACCUUUGUAGUGGGCCAGUACUCUCCAGCUGGUAACAUCAGCAAUGCUGGAUACUUUGAGAAGAAUGUCCUGCCAGUAGGAUCUGCUGUAGAUACAAAAACAUCCAGCACUGGACAUCCUUCUCCAGCUACACCAUCAAGAUCAUUUAUUGACUCCAAGCCAACUCGUACAGCAGACAGCAGUUUUGAGACAGAGUUCCUUCAGGCUCACAAUGCAUACCGUAAGCAACAUGGGGCACCAUCACUUUCUCUGAAUGCCAGUCUGAGUCGUUCUGCUCAGGCAUGGGCGGAAAAGCUGCUGGCGUCCAGAACCCUAAAACAUAGAAAUUCUGGCUAUGGAGAGAAUCUGUACUACACUUACAGCUCAGCACCCAAAAAACUUACAGGAUGUGUAGCAGUGGAGAGCUGGUAUAGUGAAAUUAAGAAGUAUGACUUUAACAGGCCAGGAUUCAGCUCAGAAACAGGUCACUUUACUCAAGUAGUAUGGAAGGACACUAAGGAGCUGGGGGUCGGGGUGGCCACAGAUGGAACUACAACCUUUGUAGUGGGCCAGUACUCUCCAGCUGGUAACAUCAGCAAUGCUGGACACUUUGAGAAGAAUGUCCAACCAGUAGGAUCUGCUGUAGAUACAAAAACAUCCAGCGCUGGACAUCCUUCUCCAGCUACACCAUCAAGAACAUUUGUUGACUCCAAGCCAACUCGUACAGCAGACAGCAGUUUUGAGACAGAGUUCCUUCAGGCUCACAAUGCAUACCGUAAGCAACAUGGGGCACCAUCACUUUCUCUGAACGCCAGUCUGAGUCGUUCUGCUCAGGCAUGGGCGGAAAAGCUGCUGGCGUCCAGAACCCUAAAACAUAGCAAUUCUGGCAAUGGAGAGAAUCUGUACUACACUUACAGCUCAGCACCCAAAAAACUUACAGGCAAAGAUGUGAUUGAUAGCUGGUAUAGUGAAAUUAAGAAGUUUGACUUUAACAGGCCAGGAUUCAGCUCAGAAACAGGUCACUUUACUCAAGUAGUAUGGAAGGACACUAAGGAGCUGGGGGUCGGGGUGGCCACAGAUGGAACUACAACCUUUGUAGUGGGCCAGUACUCUCCAGCUGGUAACAUCAGCAAUGCUGGACACUUUGAGAAGAAUGUCCAACCAGUAGGAUCUGCUGUAGAUACAAAAACAUCCAGCGCUGGACAUCCUUCUCCAGCUACACCAUCAAGAACAUUUGUUGACUCCAAGCCAACUCGUACAGCAGACAGCAGUUUUGAGACAGAGUUCCUUCAGGCUCACAAUGCAUACCGUAAGCAACAUGGGGCACCAUCACUUUCUCUGAACGCCAGUCUGAGUCGUUCUGCUCAGGCAUGGGCGGAAAAGCUGCUGGCGUCCAGAACCCUAAAACAUAGCAAUUCUGGCAAUGGAGAGAAUCUGUACUACAAUUACAGCUCAGCACCCAAAAAACUUACAGGAUGUGUAGCAGUGGAGAGCUGGUAUAGUGAAAUUAAGAAGUUUGACUUUAACAGGCCAGGAUUCAGCUCAGAAACAGGUCACUUUACUCAAGUAGUAUGGAAGGACACUAAGGAGCUGGGGGUCGGGGUGGCCACAGAUGGAACUACAACCUUUGUAGUGGGCCAGUACUCUCCAGCUGGUAACAUCAGCAAUGCUGGAUACUUUGAGAAGAAUGUCCUGCCAGUAGGCUCUGCUGUAGAUGCAAAAACAUCCAGCACUGGGAUUUUCUCUCGGAUCACACAAUCAGACUCAUCUGUAAACCCAAAAUUACCUUCUUCAACCAUUUUCCCUCAGGUCAAACCAUCAGGCUCAUCUGCAAACUCAAAACUACCUUCCUCAGGAGAGUUUAGUCACCAGCUGUUGGAGGCUAUGAACCGUUAUCGCCAGCGCCAUGGGGUGCCUGUUCUCUCGCUGUGCCCCUCUCUGUGUAAAGAGGCUCAGGGGUGGGCAGCUCAUCUGGUCAGUAUUAACACCCUGAAGAACAGCGGAAAAGGUCAUGGAGAAACCAUGUCUUACAAAUGGACAUCCACUCUGGUAGCACCAACAGGUGAAGAGACUGCUGAAAACUGGUACAAGGACAGUUCCAAGUACAACUUUGUCUCACCAGGGUUUCAAAGUGGAGCUGGUAACUUCACUCAGAUGAUAUGGAAGUCUACCGAGCGCCUUGGUGUCGGGCAGGCAUCAGAUGGAAAGGGCAUGUUCAUCACUGUGGCAUUUUACAAGCCUGCGGGCAACAUUACCAAUCCAGGAUACUUCAAGGACAAUGUGAAACCUGCUGUGAAAUAAUUAUGGAUGGUAUGUUGUUUAUUAGCUGUUUAUGUAACAAAACGGCCUGCAAUAGCCUUAUCCAUCUGUUAAAGGGCUGCACCUGAGUUCAGCGCUAUAUAAAGGCAAGAAUAGCUUAGAGGGGUGCUGAGUUGUUGCUUUGUGUAUGACCCAGACCAUAAGAUAGAUGUUGUUAGCUACUUGUGUUAAAGGAAAAUUGGAGCAAACCCUUUCUUCAAAACCCUUUUGCUGAGCGAAUUGAUUCUUUUUUAAAGAGUCGAGUCAAGAUUCAGCGACUCGAUUCGACUGUUUCUUUGAGCUUUUCAUUAGAAUUUUGCAAUGGUGGCAAGUUGAGUUUGCCAGCAAACUCAGUUUAUGAAAAUUAUAUGAUGUAUUAUAUACUGUAUGUCAUUGUGCUUAUUUUGUGCCCUUUGAGACAAAUAAGCCGUAAUGUGUAUUAAAGAGAGUUGUUAAUGACUCAGGGAUAGAACUGUAAAUUAAAGGAAAG